UAGCUAAGUGGCCAUCUCUGUGUCGCUUGCCUGCUGUGCGUUUCCAGGCACAUUAUACCGAAGUUACUUUACUUCGUGGUCGUUGAACUUAAUCAAAUUGUCGUUAGCCGUCACUUAUUGCUCCAAUUAGUAAAUUAUAUAACAUGUGAUAGAGUGGGGUAACUAGUGUUUACCAACGAGCUAACGUUAACUUAACGUUAACGCUUUGUAACGUUAGCAGAACCAUCUAACGUUGAUGUUGAUGUGCUAACUUUGGCUAGGUCACUGUAUUUAAUCAUGUAACGUUCACGUUAACGUCAAUGUAUAGCUAACAUUACAUAUGCUAACGUUAGCUAGUUUAUCAGUUGUCUGUUAUUAAGACUCAUUAUUUGUAAACGUUGGUUAUAUUUACGUAAUUACUUGGACUAGUAAAUAAAAAAGUUAUGCAGCCCAUUUGAAGGGCCACUAACGAGACUUACAAGGAAAUGGACCAAAAUCCCUACUUGGAAGUUGGAGUGGCGAUGUGUAGUUAGACCACCAAGGACCACUUAUCUUUAGACAUUAAUUUUCUUUGCGGAAUACUUCAUUUGGUGCCUGGAACCUCUUGUAAAUGUAAACAAGAAACAGCAACAAGAAACCGAUAGCUAACAACUAGCAAGGAAGCCACAAUGGACAUCUAUCCCCGACCAAGUGGCGAGAUACAACGCCGAAACCCACAGCACGACUUUGAACUGAUUCAACGCGUCGGCAGUGGGACAUAUGGAGACGUCUACAAGGCUCGAAACAUUCAGAAUGGAGAGCUCGCUGCUGUCAAGAUCAUCAAGCUAGAGCCAGGAGACGACUUUUCCAUCAUCCAGCAGGAGAUUUUCAUGGUGAAGGAAUGCACUCAUCAAAAUAUUGUGGCCUACUUCGGCAGCUACCUCAGCCGAGAGAAGCUGUGGAUCUGCAUGGAGUACUGUGGAGGAGGAUCCUUACAGGACAUUUACAACGUGACUGGCCCCCUCUCAGAACUCCAGAUAGCUUAUGUCUGCAGAGAGACCAUACAGGGCCUCGGCUAUCUCCACACCAAAGGCAAGAUGCACAGAGACAUAAAGGGUGCAAAUAUUCUGCUAACAGACCAUGGUGAUAUCAAAUUGGCUGACUUUGGAGUUGCUGCCAAAAUAACAGCAACCAUUGCCAAAAGGAAAUCUUUUAUCGGCACGCCAUAUUGGAUGGCUCCAGAGGUGGCAGCAGUGGAGAAAAACGGGGGCUAUAACCAGCUGUGUGAUAUCUGGGCAGUGGGCAUCACUUCAAUAGAGCUUGCAGAACUUCAGCCUCCCAUGUUUGAUCUGCAUCCUAUGAGGGCCUUGUUCUUAAUGUCGAAGAGUAGUUUCCAGCCUCCGAAGUUAAAAGACAAGACCAAGUGGUCAAACACCUUCCAUAACUUUGUGAAAGUGUCGCUCACCAAGAAUCCUAAGAAGAGGCCAACAGCAGAAAAGUUACUCUCACACAUGUUUGUAGCACAGACAGGUCUGUCAAAGAACCUGGCAGUGGAGCUGCUGGAUAAAGUGAAUAACCCUGACAGCCAUCCCCAGUACUGCGAGCCAGAAGAUGACGACCUGGAGCUCCCUCCUGUAGGAAGACACACGAUCCGCUCCACCAAUAAGAACGCUCGAGCAGAGAGGACUCGCUCGGAGAUCAACUCCAAUGGGACACACUCAGGAAGGAGACAAAGCCCUCAAAGAACAGACAACGGUGAGGGCUCAGUCGACAAAGUGCAGUUUGAGCCGCCGCUACGGAAGGAGACGGAAGCCCACACAGAGAUGGAUGUCAGCCGGGACAACGACUUCCCCUCCCCGUGGAGCCCAUUCGCUGAGGGCAGCAUCACCACUAGGGGUCACAUCACUCACCUGGAGGAUGCCUUUGAGGAUGUGGAGCUGAGCAACACACUUAAACAAGGACCCCCUCCACCACUGCCACCAAAGCCGCGCUUGAACAGUUCAUCUGAUGAGCUUGGGCUGAGUGACGGCUGUCUGACGGUGCGCCGCUUCCCCAACCCCGACAACGGACCCUCCUCCGGCCCGCGUCGCCAGAGCACCCCGGAGCGAGGCAGCCAAUCAGAGCACUGCCCUCCGGACCACCUCUCAGCCUCAGUCAGCAGCCCGGGCCUGCUGUCACACACCUCAGAGCAGGCUCCUCCUCCCGUUAAAAGCAAAGAUGAGGACUCAGACAACAGUGUAAAUGGUGACAGCUCUAAGCCUCCACCCAAUCGACCACAAAGGAAAGACAGGAAGGAAUAUCCACAGAAACCAGCGAUCAAUGGCCUUCCACCCACGCCUAAAGUCCUGAUGGGAGCAUGCUUCUCUAAAGUGUUUGAUGGCUGUCCUCUAAAAAUCAACUGUGCCACAUCAUGGAUUCAUCCUGAUACAAAAGACCAGUAUUUGAUCUUCGGUACAGAGGACGGCAUCUACACGCUUAAUCUGAAUGAGCUGCAUGAAGCCACUAUGGAGCAGCUCUUCCCCAGGAGGUGCACCUGGCUCUACAUCAUCAACAACAACCUGAUGUCCCUGUCCGAAGGGAAGACAUCCUUCCAGCUCUACUCCCACAAUUUGAUUGGUCUGUUUGAGCAGCUGCGGAAGCCAGGAAGCCUGGCUGCUCAGUUCCAGACGCAUCGCUUUCCUGACAGAAUCCUACCCAGACGGUUUGCCCUCACAACUAAGAUCCCUGACACCAAAGGUUGCCACAAGUGCUGCAUCGUGAGGAACCCGUACACAGGGCAUAAGUAUCUGUGUGGAGCGCUGCAGUCUGGGAUUGUGCUGCUUCAGUGGUACGAGCCUAUGCAGAAGUUCAUGCUUAUCAAGCACUUUGACUUCCCGCUGCCGAGCCCGCUGAAGGUGUUUGAGAUGCUGGUGGUGCCCGAGCAGGAGUACCCCAUGGUGUGCGUGGCCAUCAGCCAGGGCAGCGAGCCUGGCCAAGUGGUGCGCUUCGAGACCAUCAACCUCAAUUCCUGCUCCUCCUGGUUCACUGAGAUGGGCUCAGGUGGCCAUCAGGUGGAUGCUAUUCAUGUCACUCAGCUGGAGAGGGACACUGUGCUUGUGUGUCUCGACAAGAAUCUGAAGAUAGUGAAUCUGCAGGGCAAACUCAAGUCCAACAAGAAGCUUGCAUCAGAACUCAGCUUUGAAUUCUGCAUCGGCUCCGUGGUGUGCCUUCAGGACAGUGUCCUGGCCUUCUGGAAACAUGGAAUGCAGGGGAAGAGCUUUAAAUCUAAUGAGGUCACACAGGAGAUUUCUGACCCCAGCAGGGUGUUCCGACUUCUGGGAUCAGACAGGGUGGUGGUGUUGGAGAGUCGCCCCACUGAUAACCCCACAGCCUACAGCAACCUCUACAUUCUGGCUGGCCACGAGAACAGCUACUAACCCCCCCCUCCCCUCUCUCACUCAUACACACACACAACCACACACUUCGGCACCAACUUGCACACAAGCUAGAGCUACGGCAACUGUGCUAUCUCCCACUGUCAACGGGUACAGCUUUGAGUAUGCGCUCACACACACACACACACCAUCUGGUUCUCCGUUGAUUGUGGAAGUCCAAGUCCCUCUGUUUGGGUGGCUUGGUCCAGGCCCGUCCGAAGACCUUUGUGACGGCCUGGAGAAAGCGUCAUGACCUUUCAGCUCUCCAGACCAGUGCCCAGAGCUGCCAGACACUGACGUCUGUAAUGCAAAAGUAAAUGUCUUUUGGACAGCACAUUAUUGCUCUGUCUUUCUAUUUGUCUAUUUAUCUCUCUCUCACACACACACUGUCUCUCUCUCACACACACACAUACAUACAUACACACACAUACAUACACACACUCUCACCUUCUAUCUUUCCUUCUCUGAAACAUAUCACUAUGAGCUACAGUUAUAGACUGCAGUGUUAUUGAUCUAUGAAGUGCCAAUAUCAGUGAGGAUGGUCAGUUUCUCACGCAUACAAUAAUAAUAACCAAGUGUUUGGUUAAUGGGAGUCAGACAGAAUGUCUAACAGAAGUGUGGUUUUUGACUUGGGAGUGUUGUUGUUUUUUUAAGCCAGUUAGCUGGUGGCUAACUUUUAACUUUCCUUCUCUAUGGGAGUUUUAAUGCCGUAGAUAUGGAAGGACUAAGUCUGGGAUUAAAAAAUAAAAGAAGGAAAGAAAGGAAAGGAACUUCUCGGUCAGUUUAUCAUUUUUUUGAGGAUUGACUAUUUAAACGUGUUAUUUAUUAACGUAGGAUUUGGGAGGGUGGGGGUGACCAGAGACUAGUCACCGUGAAAACAGAAAAGGUCAAAAGCAAGGUUUGUUUUGUUUUGUUUUUCUCGGCUUUGUAAUAUAGUGGAUUUUUUUUCCAGCUCCUAUCAGUUUAUUUUUAGGAAUUUGAUUAUAAUGUAAAGUGGUAUUCUUUUUAUGAUCCGUUGUUGCUUUUACUCAGAUAUUUGCACCAUGUAAGCACUUUUGUACAUUAAUGUUGUUUCUUUUUUAUUUAAAGUUUGACAGAACGUGGUGGUCACUACGUUUUAAUGACUGCCAGGUUUUUUCCUCGCAAAACGUUUAAUGUAUGCAGUUUUUUUUGUAAUAAAAAAGCUAUUGUUAACAAUAAAA